GCGAAUAGGAUCGCACAAAUUGUUUGCUAUCACGUGUUCCGUUGAGUUGCUUGCCCUGCUGUCAUGUCACACUCAGCUAGAAACGCAAACAACCUAGGCUCAUUAGUUCAAAAGAACACGGGUGGCCCAUCGGAUACUCAGCGGAGCAAUGGUUCAAGUAAUGAGCGGCCUCUCAAGCUGAACACGUCUCUUUUUCGAAAGGCGAAGGUUCACAAUGCGAAUAGGUUCACACCUGGCAGCAGCAACAGUCAUAGGUUUGCACCCCCACAACCACCUUCGGCUGUUAAUCAGGGUCGGAAUGGGCCCAUAAAAGCAACUGUCUCCCCAAGCUUUAGUGAAAUUUCGCCACUCAUGGUUGGUGAAUCUGAUCCUCCAAGGGACACGCAAAAUCACGAUCCCAAUCCAUACUCGAGCUUCAUCCCUGCUAGUGAAAAUGGCCCUCAGCUCAAUAGAGUCGAUUUCCCUACCACUCCAGAGUCCUCCUUUAGCUUUCGUCUAGACCCGGUCAACGCAAUACAAGAAGCUUCAUUCACUUUGGAUCCCACUUGGGAUGGGACUUCUGCGUCUUCGCUCAUCAUCAAACCCUCCAAAAGCCUCAGGUUGGGAUUGGAGGGCGGGCCAAACGCACAAUCUGGCUUCGCAAGCAACCAUAGCACCUCUCCACCAGCCAGCACGCCGCAGACGGCCGUCUCAGGCCCAGCAGGCUUGUCGGAUGCUGAACGUCACCAUGGACAUCGCGAAAGCAAUAAACGUCCUCUCGAGUCUCCAGGGACUAAUAUCGAUGACUCAAAGAAGCUGAAGACAGCGCAAUUCAGGAUGAAUAUUGAUGGGUUGAAUGCCUCUCAUAGUCCUAAUAGUUCUCGCGAUCAUCAGCAACGGAUCACUUUGGACCAGCAUGCGGCAGACAACUUGGUGCUAGUGGAAACUAUAAGAGCCAAAUAUACCAGUUGCACGCUCGAUGAAUGGUUUGAAGCCGGUCAAGGUGAGUGUGGAAUUCCAAUGAUCUUUAUGGAAAUUUGUAAUCCACACUGAAUGCUAGUCCUUGCGAAGGAAAUUUCCGGAUUGGUCGAGUUUGUCCAAAACUACAUGCGGUAAGGGCAUUUGGUUCCAAUUUUCUCUUGUACUGGAUGGUCGUAUCUAGUUGCAGGAUGGAGAAAUAUCUCACCCUUCACACCCGUACGGCUGCUUACUCAAGGGACGUACUGGACUCUCGGGAUACCGCUUUGAAGGGUGCUACUGAUAGCCUUGUUGCUUCUGCUGGAGCCCUGAUUG